CGCGGCUCAAUCACGACGUUUAUCCACCGGACCACUAUGAAUCACACGAGCAGUCUUGUAGGAAAGGCGUGCAAAUGCAGUCAGAGACACUGUAAAUGCUGGCGGUUUGCUCUAUUUCGUGUCGGAUCAUAGCUGUCCUCCUCUAGCUCAAAAUGGGUUAGAGGGAGGAUGCCUGCCUGGAUUAUCCACUUUCAACACUUUGCGAGGAUGUGGAAUUGGAAUAUCUGUUUUUGCAGAGGCAUCUUGACAAAGACGGAGAGAGAUAAUAUAGAUAGCAUUUGAAAUAUAUCUCCACUGUUCUUCGUUUUCUUUCCUUGUUUAUUUUUUUGAGAAAUGAUUGCAGAAUUCGUGUGCAGCGCCGUGGCUUUGGUCCUCUAUGUCAACACUCUGGGCGCCGAUUUCUGCUACGAUGACAGCCGUGCGAUCAAAACCAACCAGGAUCUGCUACCAGAGACUCCGUGGAUCAACAUCUUCUACGAUGACUUCUGGGGCACCCUGCUCACCCACAGCGGCAGCCACAAGUCCUACCGGCCCCUGUGUACCCUCUCCUUCCGCCUCAACCAUGCCCUGGGUGGCCUGGAGCCCUGGGGCUACCACCUGGUCAACGUGGGCCUCCAUGGGGCCGUCACGGCCCUCUUCACCUGGCUGGCCCGCUUGCUGCUAGGAGAGGGCAUGUGGAGCCUCCUGGCUGGGUUAUUGUUCGCCUCGCAUCCCAUCCACACAGAGGCAGUGGCGGGCGUGGUAGGCCGUGCCGACGUGGGUGCCGCCCUCUUCUUCCUGCUGUCGCUGCUGUGCUACGUGCGUCACUGCGCCCUGCGAGGGGGCCCUGCGGGGCCCUGCAGGCUGGGGGCCUGGCUCCUGGGCAGCCUGGGUUGUGCUGCCUGCAGCAUGCUGUGGAAAGAGCAGGGGGUGACUGUAUUGGCCGUGUCGGCACUCUAUGACGUCUGUGUGUUCCACCGGCUCAAGUUGCGUCAGGUCAUCAUGCUCUUCUACAAGAGGAGGAACGUCCACCUGCUGUUGAGUGUGUUGCUGUUGGCUGCCUGGGGGGCUGUUCUGCUGGUCUGCCGCCUUUACUGGAUGGGUAACAAACCACCCAACUUCUCCAACUCAGACAACCCAGCGGGGGACUCCCCGUCCCUUCUCACCCGAGCACUCACCUUCCUCUACCUGCCCGCUGUCAACAUGUGGCUCCUCCUCUGCCCGGACACGCUGAGCUUCGAUUGGUCCAUGGACGCCUUGCCUCUGAUCAGAGGCAUUGUCGAAUGGAGGAACCUUCAUACCGUGGCCUUCUAUGUGGGACUGCUCCUCCUGACUUGGUUUGGGCUUUGCACCCGCCGGGUCAAGGGCAAGGAGACCAACGGAAAAGCCCAUCAUGUAACCAACGGCAACGGGAAGUCCAACACCAAUGGACACAGCUAUUACCACCCUGACCUUCCCGACCACACAAACUCUGAAACAGAGCCUCACCCUGCCAGUGCACAAAACGGUACCAAAAAGCAUUACGUCACGAGGACUCGACUGCCCACCACUGAGAAUGUAGUGGCGUUCUCCUUGGGCCUGCUGGCCAUCCCUUUCCUCCCUGCCACCAACCUGUUCUUCUACGUGGGCUUUGUGAUAGCAGAGAGAGUACUGUACAUCCCAAGUAUGGGCUUCUGUCUGCUGCUGGCGGUGGGGCUGAGGUCCCUGUACGUGCGGCUGAGGCGGAGGUCGUCCAGGACUGUGGUGGUGUACUGUAGCGCUGCCAUGGUCCUGCUGUUUGGGGUUAAAACGGUGCUGAGGAACCAGGACUGGCAGAACGAGGAGAUGCUCUACAAGUCAGGAAUAUACGUGAAUCCUGCUAAAGCAUGGGGCAAUCUUGGAAACGUCCUAAAGAACCAGGGCAAGAUGGCGGAGGCGGAGCAGGCGUACAGGAACGCCCUCUACUACCGCCGGAACAUGGCAGACAUGCUGUAUAACCUCGGUUUGCUGCUACAAGAAAACAACAAAUUCUCUGAGGCGCUCCACUACUAUAAACUGGCCAUUGGGAGCAGGCCAACUCUGGCUUCAGCCUACUUGAACACAGGGAUCGUCCUGAUGAACCAGGGGAGACUGGAUGAAGCCAAGAGGACCUUCCUGACCUGCGCCGAUAUCCCCGACGAGAACCUGAAAGACCCCCACGCCCACAAGAGCUCCGUUACCAGCUGCCUAUACAACCUGGGCAAGCUGCUCCAUGAGCAGGGGCAUCAGGAGGAGGCCCUCACGGUGUAUAAAGAAGCAAUGCGGAAAAUGCCAAGACAAUUUGCACCUCAGAGCCUCUAUAACAUGAUGGGAGAGGCCUACAUGAGACUGAACAAGCUGACCGAUGCCGAGCACUGGUACAAAGAGUCCCUGAGAGCCAAGCCAGACCACAUCCCAGCACACCUGACCUACGGCAAACUCCUCGCCCUCACGGGUCAGAAGACCGGAGCAGAGAGGUACUUUCUGAAGGCCAUCCAACUAGACCCCACUAAAGGAAAUUGCUAUAUGCACUAUGGUCAGUUUUUGUUGGAGGAGUCUCGUCUUCUGGAAGCGGCUGAGAUGGCGGAGAAGGCGGCGCGUCUGGACAGCGGGGAGUUUGAUGUUGUCUUCAGUGCAGCCCACAUGCUCAGACAAGCCAGUCUCAACGACGCAGCCGAGAAGUAUUACGGACAGGCAGCCAGCAUAAGACCUAACUAUCCAGCAGCCUUGAUGAACCUGGGGGCCAUUCUCCAUCUCAACGGGAAGCUGCAGGAGGCGGAGACCAACUACCUGCGAGCGUUGCAGCUGAAGCCAGACGACACCAUCACCCAGUCUAAUCUGCGUAAACUGUGGAACAUAAUGGAGAAACAGGGCCUGAGGACAAUGGGGCCGUGAGUUAACUCACCAGCCAGUCAGCCAUCUGUGCAGCAGGCCUGGGGAAGAAGUGGCCCGCUGCUCCCUUGGAGGAGAAACUGGGGUAGUGAGGAUGGAGGAGGACAGCAGAAAAAGGCACAAGACUGCAGAACGCUCCUUGUGACUCUUCACUACUCCUCAGGCCAGGAGUAGCUUCCCUGGGAGGCUGUCCGUUGUGAGAAGCACUACCUUUGAAUAAUGUCUUCCUGGAACUUUGUCCAAAAUGUGUGCUCUCCCAGGGUCUGUGAAUCUCUACCAGAGCACUUAAUUUGAAGUGGGCCAUAGGUUCAUACUUGAAGUCUUGUGAUUAAUUAGGAAUUGAAUUAGUUAUAGAUGCUUAUAGGAUCAUGUAGGACAAUGUUUGUGCUAGGGCAGAGUCCCAAGGCGCUGCCCUCCGAAGCAGGAACACUGCAGUAGAAGUUACGUUUUUUUCUCACCGUGGAAUUAAGUUUCUGGUCUAACGAAAGUUGUGUUCAUUGGCUUCUGUGCACAUCAGUGAAACUCAUGGCAUGAUAUAGGAGAUAACAGCUUUAACAAUACAUUCUCAAAUUGAACACAACUAGUGGUGGCCAGGACUGACGAAUCAUUCAUUGCGAUUGUUUAUGAGAUUUCACUGAUUUAACAUGUUGUUGGACAUUGAGACCUACAGCUCCUGCAAAGAGAUAUAGCAGAUUGUUGAGCAUCGUUGAGUGAUUCAAAAAAGUAACCCACUGAUCGAUAUCGUCUUAUAAAUAACACCUCCACAAGAGAAAACAGAUACCGUAUAAAUGGAACAUGUGCCCUCAGGGUUUCCCACCCUGAAACAUAUGAAUCCAUAGAAUAUAAUUUGCCAAAAGACACAGUGUUAGUUGUGAAAUAAAAUACCAGUAAGAUAGUUUGAAGGAAAGAUUAAAUGAAUUUGAGCUGGAGUUUCUGUCAUUAUUUGCUAACUCUAUUAUGCCUUACUAUCUGAAGGAGCAAAACUAUUCCAUGUAAAUGUAGCAGUGAAUUUCAAAUUGCUUCUCUAGGCUUGUUGUUUCAUAGAGUGACAUAACAUGGCUCCUGUGUAGGUCAGAGCCAUAUAUUAAGAUGAAUAUAUGGCUCUGGUGUAGGCUACUCAUGUCUCCUUGGAUAAUUUACUUUGAGGAAGGUAGCUAAUGUGUUUUGAAAGGAAAUGGCAAAUUACCUUCCCAUGGUACUAACAUUAGCCCCCCCCCCCCCCCCCCC